CGCAGCCGGUCUGCCUCUCUCCCCAAAGGCCCCUUGCUCACAACCCGCGACAUGGACCUGCCCGGGGGGCUCCUGGUGGUCUGGACUCUCAGCCUCUGGCCCGGGUUCACAUCUCCCUUCAACAUGGACACCAGGCACCCUCGGGUCAUACCUGGCUCCAAAAGUGCCUUCUUCGGAUACACCGUUCAACAGCAUGACAUCAGCGGCAAGAAGUGGCUGGUCGUGGGUGCACCCCUGGAAACCAAUGGCCACCAGAAGACAGGAGACGUGUACAAGUGUCCAGUGACCCACGGGAACUGCACCAAGCUCAACCUGGGAAGGGUCACGCUGUCCAACGUGUCUGAGCGCAAGGACAACAUGAGGCUGGGCCUGAGUCUGGCUACCAAUCCCAAGGAUAACAGCUUUCUGGCCUGCAGCCCGCUCUGGUCUCAUGAGUGUGGAAGCUCCUAUUACACCACAGGCAUGUGUUCCAGAGUCAACUCCAACUUCAGGUUCUCCAAGACUGUGGCUCCAGCUCUCCAAAGGUGCCAGACCUACAUGGACAUCAUCAUCGUCCUGGAUGGCUCCAACAGCAUCUACCCCUGGGUGGAGGUUCAGCAUUUCCUCAUUAACAUCCUUAAGAAGUUUUACAUCGGCCCUGGACAGAUCCAAGUCGGAGUUGUUCAAUAUGGAGAAGAUGUGGUCCAUGAAUUUCACCUCAAUGACUAUAAGUCUGUAAAAGAUGUGGUCGAAGCCGCCAGCCACAUUGAGCAGAGAGGAGGAACAGAGACCCGGACAGCAUUUGGCAUUGAAUUUGCUCGCUCAGAGGCCUUUCAGAAGGGCGGAAGGAAAGGAGCCAAGAAAGUGAUGAUCGUCAUCACGGAUGGUGAGUCCCACGACAGCCCGGACCUGGAGAAGGUGAUACAGCAAAGCGAGAAAGACAAUGUGACCAGAUACGCAGUGGCCGUCCUGGGCUACUACAACCGCAGGGGGAUCAAUCCAGAAGCAUUUCUCAAUGAAAUCAAGUACAUCGCCAGCGACCCCGACGACAAGCACUUCUUCAACGUCACCGACGAGGCAGCCCUUAAGGACAUCGUUGAUGCCCUGGGCGACAGAAUCUUCAGCUUGGAAGGCACCAACAAGAAUGAAACCUCCUUUGGCCUGGAAAUGUCUCAGACCGGCUUCUCCUCACAUGUGGUAGAGGACGGGAUUCUGCUGGGAGCUGUGGGCGCCUAUGAUUGGACCGGGGCUGUGCUGAAGGACACUGGCGCUGGAAAGCUGAUUCCUGUCCAGGACUCCUAUCUGCAGGAGUUCCCUAAGGAGCUCAGGAACCACGGCGCAUACCUGGGGUACACGGUCACAUCCGUCGUGUCCUCCAGGCAGGGCCGGGUGUACGUGGCCGGAGCCCCCCGGUUCAACCACACCGGCAAAGUCAUAUUGUUCACCAUGCACAGUAACCGGAGCCUCACGAUUCAUCAGGCACUGCAGGGAGAGCAGAUAGGCUCUUACUAUGGAAGCGAGAUCACAUCGGUGGACGUGGAUGGAGAUGGGCUGACAGAUGUUCUGCUGGUGGGAGCACCCAUGUACUUCAGCGAGGGCCGUGAACGAGGCAGGGUCUACAUGUACAUCCUAAGACAGAAACGCUUUGUCUAUAAUGGGACGCUGAGAGAUUCCCAGACCUUCCAAAAUGCUCGCUUUGGUGCCUCCAUUGCUGCCGUCCGGGACCUCAAUCAAGAUGCCUACGAAGAUGUGGUGGUGGGGGCGCCUCUGGAGGACAGCCACCAAGGAGCCAUCUACAUCUUCCAUGGCCACCGGGGCAGCAUUCUUAGGCAGCCCAAGCAGAGAGUUGCUGCCUCCCAGCUGUCUUCUAGUCUCCAGUAUUUUGGCGUCAGCAUCCAUGGGCAACUGGACCUCAAUGAGGAUGGUCUCGUGGACCUGGCAGUGGGUGCACUGGGCAAUGCUGUGAUUCUAUGGUCCCGCCCAGUGGUGCGGAUCCAAGCCAGCCUCCAUUUCGAGCCGCCCAAGAUCAACAUCUUCCACAGGGACUGCAAGCGAAGCGGCAGAGAAGCCAGCUGCCUGGCCGCCUUCCUCUGCUUCACGCCCAUCUUUCUGGCAUCCCAUUUCCAAACAGCCACCGUGGGCAUCAGGUACAACACGACCAUGGAUGAGAGGCGCUACAUGCCCCGGGCCUACCUGGACGAGGGCGGGGACCGGUACACUAAUAGAGCUGUCCUGCUCUAUUCCAGCCAGGAGCACUGCGAACAGAUCAACUUUUACGUCCUGGACACUGCGGACUCUGUGAAGCCAGUGACCUUCUCUGUCGAGUUCGCCCUGGAGGACCCUAGCGAAGGCCCAGUGCUGGAAGACGGCUGGCCCACGGCCCUCAGAGUCUCCGUGCCCUUCUGGAACGGUUGCAGUGAAGAUGAACACUGCGUCCCCGACCUCCUGCUGGAUGCCCACAGCGACCUGCCCACGGCCAUGGAGUACUGUCAGCAGGUGCUGCAGAGGCCAGCCCAGGACUGUGAUGCUUAUGCGAAGGACUUUGACACCACCAUCUUCAUCGUACAGAGCUCCAGGCGGCGCGUGGCUGUGGAAGCACUGCUGGAGAACAGGGGUGAGAAUGCCUACAACACCGUCCUGAACAUCUCCCAGUCGGCAAACCUGCAGUUCGCCAGCUUGAUCCAGAAGGACAACUCAGAUGGCAGCGUGGAGUGCAUGAACGAGAAGAGACUCCCCAAGAAAGUCUGCAACGUCAGCUAUCCCUUCUUCAGGGCCAAGGCCAAGGUGGCUUUCCGCUUGGACUUUGAGUUCAGCCGCUCUGUCUUCCUUCACCACCUGGAGAUCCAGCUCAACGCAGGCAGUGACAGUGACGAGGAGGAGGGCACCAAGAAAGACAACACAGCCCUGCUGCGCUGCCACCUCAAGUAUGAGGCUGACGUGCUAUUCACCAGGAAUAGCAGCCUGAGUCACUAUGAGGUGCAGCCUAACAGCUCUGUGGAGGGCGCUGGGCCUCCCUUCAGCUUUGGCUUCAAGAUCCAAAAUUUGGGCUUAUUCCCCGUCCAUGGGGUGAUGAUGAAAAUCACGGUGCCUGUCGCCACCCGGGCUGGCAACCGCCUGUUGGUGCUCAGAAACUUCACCAGUCAGGAAAACAUGACCUGUAACACCUGGGGGAACGGCACUGAAUAUCGCCAGGUCCCGAUGGAAGAAGAUCUGAGUCGGGUCCCUCAGCUGAAUCACAGCAAUGCUGAUGUAGUGUCCAUCAAUUGCAACGUGAAGCUAGCCCCCAAUCAGGAAAUCAACUUCUACCUGCAGGGAAACCUGUGGCUGAGAUCCCUAAAAGCACUCAAAUACAGGUCAUUGAAGAUCAUCAUAGUAGCUACCUUGCAGAGAGAGUUCCACAGCCCUUAUAUCUUCAGAGAGCAGGAACCCAGCCGCCAGAUCACCUUCGUGAUCUCCAAGCAAGAAGACUGGCAGAUCCCCAUCUGGAUCAUCGUGGGCAGCACACUCGGGGGGCUCCUGCUGUUGGCUCUGCUGGUCCUGGCACUGUGGAAGCUCGGCUUCUUCGAAAGUGCCCGGCGCAGAAGGGACGCCCACCCGGACCCCAGCCCUAAAGAGCUGGAAUGAGGGGAAUGAGGCCCCCAGAAGGCUGCAGGCCGGCCUGGAAAUGGCAUCACGAGGGCACAGCGGCUGUGCGGACCCCGGCGUCAUCUGGGCACUCUGCGAACGCAGGCACCAAGCCUCUCCACCUCCACCAAGCUCUGAGCCUGCCUCGGACACCCCAGCCCACCCCCCCCCAUGCCUCCCAGAGGAACCCCAGCUCAGGGCUCUGGGGGGAUGGCGGCUGCAGCGGGGCCGGGCGUGAUCUGAGCUGGGGCACAGGCACUGGACACACUGAUGGAAGUUGGUGCAGGGACAGGCACCUAGCCCGUGAAGCCCGGGGGAGAGGAGACAGGUCUGCUGGCACACGGGACAAAUGGUACCACCAAGGUGACAGCCCCCCGAGGACAGGAGGCACACCUGUGCCCAGCUGAGUAAUUUAUGCCUUAACUUUAUUUUGAGGUAGAAAUAAAGGGGGGUAGGCAUCUAUCUCCCUGUUUAACGAAAA